CUCCACCACACAUCUCACCGGCAGUCCCCUCUUCACACGAGCGCAGCCACCACCAGUCCACCACCCACAACAUCUCAAGGACUCGAAGCAGCAGCGAGCGGCGGCGAUGUCGGGGAGGGGAAAGGGCGGCAAGGGGCUCGGGAAGGGCGGCGCGAAGCGGCACAGGAAGGUGCUGCGCGACAACAUCCAGGGGAUCACGAAGCCGGCGAUCCGGAGGCUGGCUCGCAGGGGCGGCGUGAAGCGCAUCUCCGGGCUGAUCUACGAGGAGACCCGCGGCGUGCUCAAGAUCUUCCUCGAGAACGUCAUCCGCGACGCCGUCACCUACACGGAGCACGCCCGCCGCAAGACCGUCACCGCCAUGGACGUCGUCUACGCGCUCAAGCGCCAGGGCCGCACCCUCUACGGCUUCGGCGGCUAGGUUUCUACCUUACGCCAGUCUGGAUGUAGAGAGAAUCGAAUCGAAUCGGUGGUAGUAGCCCGCGUCUCCCUCUCUUUGUUCAUGUUGCCGUUGGUGUAGUAGUUGUCUGAUUGGUCACGGUGCCAUGUCGUUGCAAUUGGAUUGGAUGGGGAAUGAGUAAAAGCCAUUAGUUGUUUGCUCUUCAA